AAAAAUGAUCAGAGAGCGUAUCUCAAAAAUUAUUAGAGAGGAAGCUUACAGGAAGAAGUUCUUCAACUUCUUACUAGUUGUCUGCAUAAUUGGAUUCAUCUGGACUCUAUGCAUUGGUAAAGUUGCUACCAGAAUUGGAGUCAACGAUCUUGGCCUCAAAGGAGUUCCAAGAGAUGCUUUGGAUCUCUCCAGUGGAAUAAUGAAUUUUAUAUACAAGUCUGUAGAUCCAAAGUUUGAAGAUAUCGAUCCAACUCAAAGAUGGGAUGCUUUACAAGCAUUUCUCGCUAAUGAACUUAAAUCUGAAGCAUAUAUUGUGCCUUAUACUGAUUCCCAGAGUGGGUAUGAGGGUAAAAAUCUUAUUUCUUACAUAAGAAGCCCGAGAGGAAAAGGAAAUCAAUGCAACUUAUUAGCUUUCCCUGUGAACGAUAUAAAUAGCAUUAGUGUAGGACUUGGAUUAAUUUACCAUUUCAAAGAGGCAAAUUAUCAAUUUCUUCACAAGGAUACUCUAGUCUUGUUCUACGAGAGCACAUCUUACUCUUUAUCCACUAAGAAUUUUAUCAAACAGUACUUGAGCAACAGUGACCUUAUCAAAGGAAGAUGAGGAACGAUUAGACAUGCUUUUACAGUGUCUGAAUUCAAGGAAAAGGGCAAGACAGUUUCUGUUAUCUCAGAGGGAAAAAACUAUAACAUGAAUGACCAAAAUCUCAUCUGGGUAACCAAAAUUGCAUUAGAAAAGGUGAAAGUUAAAUAUGACAUGAAUUAUCCAUAUUCUUUUUCUAAGAACAAAUUUUGGAGAUAUUUGUUAAGUCAGACUUCAGAAAUCAGAGCUUCUAUCAAUUCAGGCUUGAAGGAAGUUUUUGAUUUUCUGCAUGCUAAUGGAAUUGAUAUACCGUUUGCGCUUUUGAAAAAUCCAAUAAUGUACCUUGAUUCAUUAAAGAAUCAACUUUUUGGAAAUUUGCACUACCCUCAUAAUGAUUUCUUGGAGAAUGGUAUCUAUUCAAUUACAUUCGUGCCUCCUUUGGCUAGUUCAAGGAAAGCCAUUCAAGAUUAUAUUCAAGUGAUUGACACUCUAUUACUCAGACUUGAUGAGAUCGACACACAUGAGCAUUCUGGCACAACACAAUACUUUUAUGCAGAUCUUGACCAUCAUGUGACAAUGCAAACUAUGCCAUACUCAGUAUUAAUGUUUUUGGCUGGGCUUGGGCUUCCCUUAGCUUUUAAAAUAGCUACUCAGAAGGCUCUCAACAAACAGCUUCUUAGCUCAACCAUCAUAAAAGCAUUACUCGUACAUGGAUGGGGAUUUGCAGUUUACCAUAUCUCAAAUUCUCUCUUAUCAUCUUUUGAGGGUCAAAAUUUGUGAUAUCCUUUCGAACAUCUUGACUUAAUCCAGCAGAAAGCUUUCUUCUCUAACCUAAAACUCAGUUUGCUCUAUUCCUUAGCAGGCAGUACAGCUGGGUUUAUUAUCUUUCUCAUGUUCAUCAAGUUAUCAGUACCUAAAUCAGAUGGAAAGGUAGAGCCAGGUACAAGGAUUGAAGCAAGAUUUGUCUGAUUUUUUUUACUAGCACUCCAAACAAUCACAGGGUUGUUUAUAAGUCCAGCUUUUUGUAUAUUCACUAGUUUGGUGUUCUGUCCAUUAUACGGCAUGAAAUUUAACUUCUUAAAGAUGAGUGCAAGUCAGAAGUUGCGCCAAUUUGUUUUCAUUGUUGUGUAUUGCUGUGUUCUCUAUUGUUUGGGACACUUCAAUUAUACACCACGGCUUAAAGGGAUCAGCAGAAUCAGAGAUUGGACUGGUUCAGAUUCAACUGACCUAUAUAACCCCAAAAAGAUCUCUUUAAAUAUCUUUGGAAUAAUCGGAGAGCUAUACAGAGACCAAAAUUGAGCUGGGAAUCAACUCCUAUUCCUACUUUGGACAUGCUGGAUUCCUUCCUUAUUGCUGUUCAUAUGGACAAGGUUUUAA